AUGCCCUCGCUCGCCCCGCCCGCCGCCAAACCCGCCGAGGACCCGUACACCCAGUACUCCACCUUUCUUCACCCCAACUUCGAAGCGGACGCCUUCGCCCAUGCAGUGCUGAACGGCGAAGAGUAUCCCGCUCCGAGCGAAGGGUCGAAUGGUGUUCCUCCCGGAGGAGGCGGCUUCAUGAAGGGCUUGGUCGGUGAGAUCGGGACGGGAGAUGUGUCGGCGGCUCUGGCGAGGCUGAACUUUGGAGUCGAGGAUCUGAAUCGGCAACUCAAGGCGGAAGUCACGAAGAACCACUCGUCGCUUCUCCUGCAAGCGGCGAGCUUGGGCGGUCUGGACGGCGACUUGGCGGAAGUGCGACGAGGACUUGCGGAAGUUGAAGGCGGAGUGACACGGCUCAAACGCAAGAUCGCCGCCCCUCACGACGCCCUCGCUUCGUCCCUCCUUCUCCUGACCCGACUACGACGAGCCGCUUCUCUUGCCCGGCGCGCUCAGCGCUUCACCUUUCUCGCUCGCCGGCUGGAGGGUCAGAUGUCGGAGAUCGAUGGCGCGGCGCAGAGUGCGGCAGGCGUUGCGGUCAAUGGCGAGCAGGCGAGUGAGCGGCGCGAGAGGGCGAUGGCGGAAGCUGCGCUGACGCUGGCAGAGAUUGAAUCGCUACUCACGGCCGGCGAGGGUGUCGAGGCUGCGGAAGACGACCCCGAAGCGUUGCUUCCCAUCCGCUCGCUCAACGCUAUCGAGGCUGCUGUUCCCGCCGUCGAGCUUUCCCGGAGACGAGUGGUCGAGGAGAUGGAGUCGUCUGUGCAGCGAGGACUUGACGAGAUGGACCACCCACGUCUCGCUUCGUCUCUCCAAACCGCACACAACCUUUCAGUCCUGCCUGCGCUCGUCGAGAACCUCGUAGCGGACUUGAACGACCUCGUCGCCGGCAAGGUCAAGGCCUGCUUCGACAUGGCUUCUCUCGCUCGCGAGAUCGGCGGCAAAGGGGGCCCUGUCAACGCCGCUUCAGCGUUCGUCUACAAGUCGCGGACUCGCAACGAGCCGACGCAGGCGACAAUGCCUCAAUGGGCUGCAGCGUUCUGGGCUCGCCUCGAGUCGCUCAUCACCGACCUCGGGAGCAUCUGCAUCAAGGCCUACACGCUCGAGAAGGUUCUCAAGCUCAAGAAGGACCAGACGACGCAGGCGAGCUUUCUUGACGAGGCUAUGGCUGUCCUGGACAACAAGCCGAGCGUGCUCUUCUGGACGAGUCUUGCUCAGGCAUUCGAGACGCAGGCGAAGGAGGCUGUCCGAUCCUCAAACUUCGUUCAGACCACGCUCAGCACCGGCUACCCUCGCCUCCUCCGCCUCUUCCAAGAGUUCUUUUCCCGCAUUGCCGUCCACACCGACACCGUCUACACCCUUGCACAGCAGAGCCCCGAGACGGUCCUCGUUCUUCGCGCCAUCCAGCCUUUCGAAACCCUCUACCUCACCCGCUCGACGAACCGCCUCACCGAAGCCGUCUCGUCGGCUUUCUCCAUCUCAUCUUCCCUCACUUCCUCUUUCUCAUCCCGACCACCCGCCAUGCCGACUGCCAACGAGGGCCUGACGACUGCGCGCGCUAUUGUCAACGAGCUCGACGCCGCUCGCUUCGACCCUCUUCUCGCCAAGGCGAUCGCGAAGGGUGCAAGUCGGGCUAUAGAGGCCUUCGUCGCCCGAGCCGAGGCACUCAUCGCGCACGACCACGCCGCGACUUCGUUGCUCGGCCCGCUUGCAACACCCUCGCAGCAUCAGAACGCCGAUUUGACCAGCGCUCUAUACCACCUUUGGCUGCCCCUCGACCGCGCUUUGUCAGAUCACACGGAAAGCGUGCGAGAAACGCUUCGACCGGCGGUCAACCGCGUCCGCUCCGUCUACACCGCCAUCAUCAAUCCGCUCAUCCUCGCCAUCCGCCGCGAGUUCUCCGCCCUUCUCGCCCGCAUGCACCGUGUGGACUACUCGAAGGAGGUCGAUCCCGCGCACCCGCCUGGUCCGAUGUCGGUCGGCGGCGCAAGCUCGUACAUGAACGACUUGACGGAGAAGCUCGCGCUGAUCAAGGACGAGAUCUUUGCGGCGUACCGGGUUGGAGAGCUGAUCAAGGAGUGGACCAUCGACCUCGCCCGCUUCACCGUUCAGACCUUCCUCUUGCAUGCCUCGCUCGUCCACCCAAUCGGCGAGUCUGGCAAACUCAAGCUCACGUCCGACACGACCGCCCUCGAGUUCGCCGUCAACCAGUACCUCGCCGCGCAAGGUCUCACGCUCGGAAAUAUGGGCGACCAGUUCAAGGCGCUGCGAGCCUUCCGUCCUCUGCUCUUCCUCGACCUGCCCUCUCUCGCCGAUCCGACAAGAACCUCGGACAUCCCCACGCUGAUCCUCCUGCAUCACCUCCUCAGCCGCGCCAACCUGCCGAAUGCGCUGCCACUGCCGUACGAGCUGCACGGCUGGACGGAGGCAGAGUAUGUCCGGUGGCUCAACGAGCAUCGCGAGGAGGAGCGGAUGGGCAUGCUGGAGAGUGUCGUACGGCGCUGGGAGGAACAGAAGGCGAAGCGGGAAGAGGGCGACGGGUCAGGCGGCGAGCAGGACGGCGAGGCGGACAAGGUCGUGGGGUUCAUUCGGCAGGUCCUCGCGCGGACGGCAGGCGCGACAGGGCAUAAGUAG